AUGCCUAAACGCUCACGAGAAGAUUCCCCCUCGCCGACGACGACCUUUUCGCUUUCUCCAACACCGGAUCCUUCGUGUCCAGCCUCAACAGAUGCACCGGUGCACCCUUCAAAGUACAUACAGACAUCGGACGAGCGUUCUACACGAAGAGUUAUGAAAUGCUCCCUUCCACCCCACCAUGACACGAUAUCAUUCUCUACCUUCGAGGAAUUCGAGCUCCAUUACGCUAGAGAGCACGCACAUCGAUGUUCUGAAUGCCGGAAGAACUUCCCUACAGAGCACUUCCUAGGGCUACACAUUAGCGAGAAUCAUGAUCCUUUGACCGAAGCACGGAGAGCAAACGAAGAGAAGACGAAUUAUGAUUUCCAAAUCGUUAAUACAGGCAUUGACAAGCGUAGCUCCAUGCUGCGUUCCCGGCCAAGAAAGCAUAGCUCUGCUGCGUCCAGAGCUUUCCACCGCGAGCAACGUACUAACAGUACCGAGGCCUUUCAAGGUCACAAUCCUGACUCUGCAAAUACACUCGAAUCUUCAGCGGCAGAGACUAGCAAAGGAAGCAGUGGAAGACUAGGUCAUUCGCCUUCUCUUCCAGCGGACGUCGAUGAACUCGUGUCGACGAUGUCCGCCCUUAAAUUUGUGCCCCCUAGCGUUCAUUUUGGACGAGGAGGGCGGCGAGGUGGCUUGAGUAGGUCAUGA